AUGCGAUGUGAACUACCGCCACAAAUGAUUUUCUUACACAAAACCCGAUUCCUCGUUUGUAAAACAACUGAUGAACUGAGACAACAUCUGUUCAUCUCCAACAUAACUACCACUACUGCUACUACUAUCACUUGGAUGACCAUGCUAAACUUAACCGAAAUAUAUAUUCACCUGAUUAUGGCAUUUGACAAUGUCUUCAUAUUAUUUCGUUUCAUACUUUUGACUUGUUUUAUUUUUUUUUCUUUUGUUCUGCGGAGAGGAGAUGUACAAUGUGAAGGUGAGGUAAUUACAGAUUUUGUCAUUACAACUUAA